AUGGUGAAGAGGGAUCGAAGCCCAUCUGAGGAGGAGGACCCAGUACACCAGGUGUCUACAAGCCUAUCAGAUUCUCCAAGCAGCGAUAUGGCGCGCUCAAUAUCCGAGAAACCAGCUCACAAGAGGAAGUCGGCGGGCAAGACGCCUUCCACUAUGGAGGGCGCAGAUGAGCCUGUUAUGACCAGGCUCUUUUCGGAAAGGGUGGUGACCAUCUUCGUCGGGCCCGCCCGCAUCAAGUGGUCGCUGCAUGAGAACCUGCUGUCUGCCACGUCGGACUUCUUCCGCUCCGCGUUCAACGGCGGCUUCAAGGAGUCGACUGACGACACGCUCGCCCUGCCGGAAGAUGAUCCCGCUGCGUUCGAGCUGUUCGUCCGUUGGCUGUACGGCAAGGCGCUGAGCCCCGCGGCGGGCGGGCUGAACAACAGCACCGGCUCAGGGGCAGCCGCAUCAUCGUCAUCGGGGUCCGGCACAGCCGCCUCAAGUGCCUCCCCCUCAGCCUCCGCGUCCCUGACGAUCCUCCUCCCGCCGGACAGGUGUCGUACCACCAUCCAGGACUACCUAAGGCUGUACGUGCUCGCGAGUAAGCUGCUGGUCGAGGAGCUCGAGAACACGGUGGUGGAUAUCGCGCAGGGGUAUUACAAAGUGGGUACGCGGCGGCCGGAUAUCCGUGACGUGCAGUACGUGUACGACAAUACGCCGCCCGGCGCGGGUAUGAGGCGGUUGCUGAAGGAGAGGAUCACGUUGGGCUUGUUCAGGGGUAAGCACAACAAUCCGCUCACACCGGAGUGGAAGGAGGUGAUGAACGAGACGCAAGACCUAGGGUUUGAUAUCAUUAGUGAGAUUAGCAGCUGGAACUGGAUCAGUGGAGGAAACUGUCCGCUGAGGGCCGUCACGGGGGGUUGUGCCAGCCCUAUACUCUCCGGCCGCAUUGUGACGAUCUAUGUUGGCGCCAACGAGCAGAAAUGGAUGCUUCACGAGGAUCUGCUGGUCCAACUCUCAUCCUUCUUUCGAGCCACUUUCCGUUCUGGAUUCCGCGAGACCAGGCGCGGCGUCUUACGACUACCAGAGGAUGAUCCAUCCGCGUUCGAGUUGUUCGUUAGUUACGCCUACUCGCGAUCUGUGGGCAAGGCGAUGAACAUGGUGAAACCGCUCCCACUGCCUGAUGGCGUCAAAGUCACCGCACGCGAUUACCUAGGUCUUUAUGUCCUAGCUUGCAAGUUCCUCGUAGACGACUUGCAAAAUGAUGUGGUCGACGCUCUCUUUGACUACUACGAAAACCCCGAACACUUCCCUCACCCAUACGAUGUCGAGUAUCUCUACCACCGCUCGACUGAUGGUUCGGCAAUGCGGGAUCUUCUUAUCUGCUGCCUCGCUCGCGUGAUGUUCAAAGGCUCGCGGAGAAUGCCAGAGGGCUUACACUUGAUCCUCAACGAUAAUUCGGCGAUCGGCCGCGAUAUUGUCACCACAGUAUGGGACCGCAAGCGGGUGAAAAAGGGCACAGGACCGGAGGCUGUUGAAGCAGCGCCUGGUAAAGUCGAUCAUCUAUCAGGCCGCACAGUUACUGUCUUCGUCGGCACUUCCCAGAAGAAAUGGAUUGUGCACGAGAACGUCCUCGCACAGCUAUCAGACUUUUUCAAGGCCGCACUUCGACCCGUAUUCAAGGAGGGACAAGAAGGAAAGCUCCAUCUUCCCGAAGAUGAUGAGAGCGCAUUUGAACUGUUGGUCAAUUAUGCCUACGGGACCUUCAACAGGCUGAAUAUCAAUCACAUGCCGACGAUCUCAGCCCCGGAUGGUAAACAAAUCACCAUCAGGGAUUACUUGAAGCUCUACAUUCUUGCUCACAAGUACCUCAUCGAGGAUCUCGAGAAUGCAGUGCUCAACAAGGUCCAUGAUCAUCACUCAAAUUUCGGCAAUCAGAUCAACCCGGAAGACGUCGAACUCGUUGUGGGGAACACUCGCAGCCUGCCGCUAUGGGAAGAGGCAAUGCUAAAAAACCCGGAUCUCGCACAACACAUUAUGAUGGCGGUCUGGAAAUUUGGUGCCACUGGGAUCCCGAUAGGAAAUGUGAAAGUUGAGAAUAAAUGCAGCUUCCACAGACACGAGUCCACUGAGAAGUGCACAUGGACUAGCACAAGCUUCACCUAG